AUGGCUAUCGCCGUUCGGUUCGUUCGCCCAACUAUCCGCCAUUUCUCUGUUCGUCGUCCACAGCCAGACAGUCGCACCUCUCGAUUCGUCACCAGCUCGUGUCUCUUCUCGGCGGUGGUGCUGCCAUUUGUCCCUCCAGCCCUUGAAAGCUCUCGCGCUAAAAAUACAGACGGUCCCAAUUGCAGCCACACCCGCCGCUCUGUUUUCAUGCCCGUUAAUGUGUCGUCUCGGUUACCAUCCCCGAAGGAGGAAUCUGUCAUCGGCACCUGA